UUGAGAUGUGCCAGUCUCCUUGCACCACUUUGAGAUCUCAAAUAAACUUUGAUUGCUUCUCCACCCUGGUGUGUUUAUUGGCGCAAAGCACACCGGGCAACGAACCCCACUGUUGCUGUCCUCGGGCACUCUGUGCUGGCAACAGUUCUUGGCGCCCAACGUGGGGCUCGAGGCUGAAAUUUAGCCUUGCCUGGACCCCUCUCAGAGGUCGACAGAUUGCGGCGACGCCCGACACCCAGUGCGCACCGGUGACUUUACUGGGGGCCUCGGCGGAGACGUGGUUUGGUCGACCCCGGAGGGCACAACGUGCUCGUACAGUGGAGAAGCAGCUGCGGGCGACGGUGAGGAACCGGUCCCGUGGAGAGGGCAACGGUGAGGAAUCAGUCCCUUGGAUAAGGUAUACCAAAGAUUUGCAGCCUCUCCCGCUGGAUGCCCCUGUCCACUCCUUGCAGCCAGGUGACUCCAUUCUCGUUCGGACCUGGAAGGACGAGCCUCUCCAAGAGAAGUGGAAGGGACCCCACACCGUCCUGCUGAUCUCCCACACAGCAGCAAAGGUCGAAGGACACAAGAACUGGAUUCAUCACUCUCGUCUGAAAGCAGUGCCCGCUCCUGAACGGUGGACCGUCCAGCCUGCAGAGAAGACUGCCAGCAACGAUCUGGGACUUAAACUGUUAUUCAGGUGACAAUAGUGUCUGCUGGGAAUGCCCUGUGAUCUCUUUGGACAGUUGCAGCGCACUCCCCGCGAGAACUCUGAGCGUUGGUUGUGUUUAUUUUCACAGGGCUGGCCUAACCUGGUGGCCUGGUCCCUUUUGUUUUUAAUCUGCCUGCUAUUGGUAAUUGUUAUUUUGUGGGUAUUUGGGGAAUUGUAAUUGUUAGGCCCUAGGGUUACCUGCCCAGCAUGGAAACAGGUCCAGGGUCUGCCACUGUGUUACUCUUUGCCACAGGGGCACUCCUCUCAUUAACUCCCGUUUCCCCCCAGGCACAUGCGGGAUGGAGAAAAAUCCCUACUAGCUUGGAAACAAACACACAUGAGUCCCUGAAGGUUUGCUUUGCCCAAGAGUUUAACCUCUCUAACUUCUGGGUGUGCUCCCAAAUCCCGCACCACGCAGCAGGGUUACCCUGGAGGGUAGUUCCCCAAAAUUGGUCAGAUAUCUGUUGGGGAUUGGUCCUGCUUUGAGCAGGGGGUUGGACUAGAUGACCUCCUGGAGUCCCUUCCAACCCUGAUAUUCUGUGAUUCUGUGAUGGUUCAGUAGGGGGAAAAAUACCUCGGGUACCCCCUUGUGGCAAAACUGUACCAUUGAAUCCCAGUAUGCAUUAAGGGACGACCCCUGGAAGCCGUAGGCUAACUCAACGCAUCUCCCUUUCCCUAUUAGGCUGCGGUCAGUGGCCCCCGGGUUGGUGUGCUAUCGACAGUUUAAGUCCAGCAAUCACACCUGGUCCGCUGGUAAUAGCACCUGUCAGUAUUAUUUAUCCCCUAACAGUAACGCCUCCAUCCCUGUCUAUGUUAAUGGCAGAUCCGACUCUACUGCCCGAUUCGGAACGUUUAAUGACAGACAAACAGAUAGGUGGAGUAGCGGCUAUAAUGGCUUGAUAGGGAAUGGCCACUCCUUUUACAUUUGCGGUACCUCUGCCUAUAAGUGGCUACCGCAUCGGUGCUAUGGAAGCUGCUAUCUAGGAUAUCUUGCCCCUCCCCUUCGUGUCCUCCCUAAACUGCCCCCUGGCCGCCCCAGGCAGCGUAGAUCUUUCUAUGCCACCCCAGAGCCAUUAAGGAAGGAGACAGGUUGGGUAUGAUCCUCCUCCCAUCCUAUGGGGUGGGAUGGUUAACCCAAUUUUAUCGUAGGCUCUUUGUGUUUCUCACCAAGUAUGCCAAUGAGACCCUGGCCAUAGAGAAAAGCCUUAACUCAGAGCUUUACCAGCUCCAGUUGCUGUCCCUGCAAAACAGACAAGCCGUAGAUUAUGUUUUAGCCUCCCAGGGCGGGGUGUGUGCCCUUAUUUGGAAUGAAUGUUGUACUUAUGUCCUGGAAAACUCACAUGACGUUAACAAGCAUGUCCUGUCGGCCGAACAGGCUUUCGAGCAGUGGAAGGCCCAGGAAAGGGAACCCACGGUUUUUGAUUCCCUUUGGAGUUGGUUGCCCGACCUAGGAGGACUGGGGGGUGGCCUUGUGCGUCUCCUCCUCACAGGAGUGGUGCUGUGCCUGGUCACCCUCCUCCUGAUUGCUUGUUUUAAAAUGCUCCUCCGUAAGCUUUGUGCCCCCCGUUCCCCAAAAAUCCCAGCAUACCCUCUCAUUGAUAACCCCAGCUCCAUGGCACUCAAUCAUAUCUUGUCCACAGAAUAUGAGAAAACUCAGACAAAAGCUUGUUGAGUAUUCACAAAGGAGGGAGUUGUUGGUGUCACUAGGCAUCACCCUAGGUAACUCGGGGGGGGUGGGGGGGGUGGAAGGCCACUAGUGUCAAUGAAGCCUUCCUGCACUAGGCCCAAAAGAACCAAACUUCUCCCAUGUUUAAACUCUAAUCGACCUCACAAGCCAGGUGCAAUUGGAAUGUGUAAGCAACCAGUUAUCUGUGUGCAACCCCCUGCUCAUACCGGCACCAAGUGGUAAUAAUGAGGCCUGCAUGUUUCUGGCUGAAGGGAAAAUAACAGUUCAAAGGGAAAAAGGACAAGAUAACGGUUUAAAGAAGUUACUAACAAGCUAGACUUAUAGCUGCCAAGAAUGACUUAACUGCUUAAAUGUAAUUGCUAUUUGCUUAGUAACUGUUACCAGGGAAGGGGGGGGGGGGGUGAGGUUUAGCUGCAAAAAUGUAUAAGAAGAGAGAAACUGCU